UUCUACGUCGAGUCUCGAAGCGUCUCGAAUCGAUCGAUGGAUCGAUCGCGCUAUCGCGUCCCUCCUCCUGCCGCCCGAUCCUUCGAGAAGUCGACCGAUCGUGUUCAGUCUAUCGUUGAUCGUUGAUCGAUUAGUUCUGAUCGUUGCUCGGUUCGUGUGGCGAAACAGAGGAUUGUCGUCGGUGAUAGAGAGGAUCCGGGUGAAAGUUUUUCAUCAAAACAUCGUUUCGUUCUCUUUCGUGCGUGGUCAUGCUCGUAACGAGUUGUAUGGUGCAGGUGAACCGCAUGCGUGAUAGGAUCCGCGCAUCCGUUCGAUCCCGUGGCUCUUAAGAGGUUAUACACACGCGUUUACGGGAUUUUUGAGAUUCUACCUAUUGGGAAGGAGGCUGAGAGCGGUGAGAAAGAAGACGACGAACGAAGAAACUCGCGGUGGAACUGCCGAUUCGUUCGACCUGCACGCUCGCCGAAUCUGGUGUCUAUGAAAUCGUGGAUAUCGCGGGACGAUGUCGUCGAGUGGUGAAUUUUCGACACUGUCGAGCGGCGAGGCGACCGGAACCGGAGACGACUCGUUGCCCAGCUCUCGAGAGGCGACCGCGGAAGCUGCGGGCUCGGGUGCCGGUUUCAUGCCGCUGCGCGAGUUCCUCGACAGAUUCUCGUUACCUAGGGUGGUGAGGGUGGAAGGUGCCGGUGGAAGACCGAUAUUGUUGUACAAACAACAGCAAAGAUCGCUGAGAGUCACGGCUACGCUGCUGAUGCAUCGCUACCGGCAUGACGUGAAGGUUGGACCCGAGAUUGUGAUUCCGGAGGGAUAUCCCGGCUGGUUCUCCGUUGUCUCGAACAACAGUGGUACCGGAAGUGCCAGGGUGUAUCGAAGAGUGGGUGCCUUGGUUCGAGCUGGUGUCCCAGCGUUUCUCCUUGCCAAACCUCUGAGAGCCUACACUCUGACACACUCCAAAAUGGAGAACGGGAACCUGAGGGCCCACUACACGAAAACGACGGUGAGGGCCGGUGAGGUUCUGCGACUGGCCGCGGUUUUCCAGGACACGCGGAGGGCGCCUGUCCUGUCGAGCGGUGUUUCCGGGGUGGUCAGCGCGCCGGAGGGCAAGAGUUCAAGGUCGUCGGAGCGAGACCAGUACGCCCAGUGCUUGGAUUCCCACGGCCACGAACUGUUCGCGCCCCUCUCCGCGCGAGGAGAGUUCUACGCGACUUGCCAGAGCGGGAGCCUCGAUACCGGAAGCGACGCCGUCCUCUACAGGGUCCACCAGCUCGCCAGAAGGGACCUGCCUCUAAGGGUACGACUGGUCGCUGGACCAUUGCCCAUACCGUUGCCGCGAGAUUACAGCGGCCUGAUGCAGCUGGAAGGCGCGACAAGGGGCCCCAUAGUGCUGGGAUGCGCGGUACCUUUGAUGCCCGAGAGGCCCCUGCCCAACUCCACGGUCCCGGAACUCCUCGAGCUGGUCGCGACGGGACCGACCGCGCCACGAGUGAAGAGGGCAAGGCUAGGCUGCCCGUCCGAAGCUCGGCUCCUCGCCUCGCCCAAGAUGCAGCGAUUACUCUCGGCUUGCAGGAGGGCGUUGGACCAGAGGGCGACGGAGCCGCGGGUGGCGCCACCCAAGCCGCCGGCGAGCGGCGGCCAGUUAAAGGAGCUCCACCUGAAGGAGAUCAAGUCGAAGCCGGAAGCGAAGCCGAUCCUCCAGAGUCUGAAGGAGGGGUUGGAGCACAUUAAACGGACAACGAUCAGGGAUCGGAGCAACGGGCGGGCGACGGGCGGGGGCGGCAACAACCACGGCUUCCUCGACCGGAUCUCGAGGAUAGCCCAGGGUGGAAGGGGAGGGAGGAACCCGGCAAAGAAGUCGGCCUCGUUCACGUUCGCCGUGAGGCCUGAAAUCGGCAUGAGGUCGGAGAGAUACGCGAGCCUCGAGUCGGAGGCGAAUCUGAUCCAGGCGUCGGGCGUCCCGUCCUCGAGACACCAGGUGCAACGAUCGGUCUCGACCAGCGUGCUCGAGCUCCAGACCCAGCAGGACAUGGAUCCACCUUACUCCAAGGUCAGGGACAGCUUGACCCCGCUACCAUCCACCCCGCCGUCCUCCAAGACCGAGGAGAUAUACGCGGAGAUCUGCGAGCCUACCACCAGCCCUGCCCCCUCCUCCCCGGAGGAGAAGCCACCCCCUCCGCCGCCCCCGCCGGAGGGGAGGAAUGGGACAAGGGAGAAGGACAGAGGUUACGUCAAGUUGGCUUUGUCCCAAUCCGAGAUAUCGAACGUCGGCGAGGAGGAGGAAGGGAUUUACAACACCGUCUGUUGAUGCUGGGGCAGGAGAAAUUUGGAUUAUUUGAGUUGUUGAGUUGAGCUCGAAAGGGAGAGGGGGAUUAAACGAGAUCGAAAGAUCGUUUGGUAUUUUAUGGGAUGGAUUGGGGUUGGAAUCGGGGGUGGAAAGUUUUUGUGAAAGUGUCGAAAGGAAGGAGGUAGGCGAGUGUUGGAGGACGGGAAAAAUUGGUGUUAUCUUCGAUUUCGACGCUUCCAAUAAUUAAAUCGCCGAGAAAUAAUAAUAAAAAUGUAUUUUCGUUUUAUAAAAUUGAGAAGGAAUAAGGAGGCAGUCGAGGGAACCAGUUCCCGAGAAGAAGAACGUUUUAAACUUUCCAACGUAUAAACUAAAUCAUCCUUGCACAGCUCGUAAACAUCAACCACAUUGAAAUGCUCUCAAGUUUUAUUCUGCCUUCGGGCGAAAAAGGAUCGAGAUCUUGAAUCGCUCGACACGUUCUGAACAUUUUUUUAAAAGACAGUUUCCAUCCCAGCUUCAAUAAAAUUUCCUUUCCAACCCGAUCGAUUCCAGCAAGUGACACUCUAAUUUUAUCGAGCAGCUUGGAUCGCAUUGGCGCAGAUCGUAACGACAGACACGUUAACAAGAUGAAUAAACAUGGAAGAGAGAGUCUUUGGCACAGUUAGAAUUUCGUUUAUACAAACUUGUACAAGUAAAACUAUCUAAACUAUCAUCCCUUGUAUCUUUGUGAUAAUAACUGAAAAUAUAAGUAAUUAUUUUUUUCAAUAAAAAGAAUCGUAAUUAAAUAGAUGAAAAUAUAUAUUACGUAA